ACCGAGGGCCAUGAAAUGAGUUUAUAAAUGGCACACAAACGGACGCGCGACUCAUUUUAUCACAGCCUGGAUUAGCCAACAUGUGUGCAGAACAGCUGACUGUGCUGUUGUGUAUUUGCGUUCUGCUGGUAUCAGCGGCUCCUUCCCCAGAUAGCGCUGGAAUCCCUCCAUUACCAGGUCCAGGAUUAUCUUACGGUGGAAUACCAUACGGCAGUAUGAGCGGAAAUGUUGCAGAAUACUUUAGACGUCAAGCGCCAUCUGCCGCACGACCUCGGAACUUGGUCGAUCCUGCUUUACCUGACAUUGACUUUGCUCCUAUUGAACAAUGGUUGUGAUAGAUGGCGCUAGUGUACUUUAGGAUUUGUGGUGAUGGAAAAAAAAUGUGCCAUUAGAGGUGUUCACGUAGUAUUAUAAAUAAUUGUUUGUUGUUGUUUGAUUGA